UGGUGCGCUGUGUCCCUCGGACACAGCUGAUCAAUGAUCCACAGAAAGAGUUGAAGACGUCGGCUCGGUCAUGUGAUCAGCUGUGUCCAAUCACAGCUGAUCACAUGGCACUGAUGAUCAGUGUGCCCUGAUGAUCAGUGUAGUCCCAGAAGUGCCACCUGUCAGUGUCCAUCAGUGCCAGCUGUCAGUGCUGAACAGUGCCACAUGCCAGUGCCAGUCAGUGCCACAUCAAUGCCACAUAUCAGUGCCUACCAGUGCACAUCAAUGCCACAUAUCAGUGCCCAUCUGAACUGCCUUUCAGUGUCACCCAUCAGUGCCAGUCAGUGCCACCUAUCAAUGCCAAUCAGUGCCACCUAUCAGUACUGUCAAUCGGUGCCACAUAUCAGUGCCAGUCAGUGCUGCCUAUCAGUGCCAGUCAGUGCCGCCUAUAAGUGCGCAUCAGUGCCGCCUAUCAGUGGC